AUGAAGUCGGCUCCCACUCUCUUGGCAGUCUUGGCAGGACUUGCCAACCUUGUUGCGGCUCAGACUGUCUCUGGCAAGCCUGAAGGCUUUGCUACUGGUGUUACUGGUGGUGGCAGCGCAACUGCCGUCACCCCUGCGGAUAUCACCGAGCUCAAGGAGUACCUCACUGACGACGAGCCUCGCGUCAUCCUCCUCUCCAAGGAGUACGACUUCACCGAGUCUGAGGGCACCGAGUCCGGCAACGUUUGCGCCAGCUGGGGCACCGGCGCUGCUUGCCAGAAGAUCAUCCAGGACGACUGCGGCAGCAACCCUGCUUCGACCGAGACUUGGUACAAGGCCCCGACCCAGCCUAUUGACGUCGGCAACAACAAGACGAUCCUCGGUGUUGGCAGCAAGGGCGCUAUCAAGGGUAAGGGCCUGCGCAUGAGAGGCAGCAACGUCAUCAUCCAAAACAUUCAGGUCUCCGACUUGAACCCCAAGUACGUUUGGGGUGGUGAUGCUAUCGGCUUCGAUGGCGCUGACCUUGUCUGGGUUGACCACGUCACGACCGCCCGUCCUGGCCGCCAGCACUACGUCUUCGGCUUCAACCCCAGCAAGCGCAUCACUCUCUCCAACAACUUCAUCAACGGCGAGUCCGACUACUCUACCGGCUGCAACGGAUACCACUACUGGACCUUCGAGAUGGUCGGCACCGACGACCAGAUCACCAUGAAGAACAACUACAUCUACAAGACCUCCGGCCGCAGCCCUGCCCUCAGCGGUGGCACUCUCCUCCACGCCGUCAACAACGUGUGGGACGACAACGACGGCCACGCUCUCGAGGGUGGCGACACCAAGGCCCGCGGUAUCUUCGAGGGCAACGCCUUCAUCAACGUCAAGGCUCUCGUCUCCGACUACCAGGGCAAGCUGUUCUCUUCCCCCGACGCCACCACCAACGCUGAGUGCAAGACCGCUCUCGGCCGCGCCUGCGAGGUUAACGUCUUCGACACCACCACCUCCACCGACUUCACCAAGCUCAAGGACACCUCCUUCUUCAGCGAGUUCUCUGGCUUCUCCAUCGCCUCCGCCGAGUCCGCCAGCUCCAUCAAGACCAGCGUCCCCAACAACGCCGGUGCCGGCAAGCUUAGCUCUUCCAGCAGCUCUUCUGGCUCCACCAAGUCUGCUGACGCCGUUGCCGAGGCCGCUGCCACUACCCCUGCCGCCACCUCUGCUGCUGCUCCCGCCGCCGCUGCCACCAGCGCUGCUGCCAGCUCCGGCUCCGGCUCCGGCUCUGUUGCUCUCUACGGCCAGUGCGGUGGCCAGGGAUACUCUGGCGCUACUUCUUGCGCCUCUGGCAAGUGCGAGGUCGUCAACGACUGGUACUCCCAGUGCGUCUAA